AUGCGUGCUGUUCAGUGGGCGACGGCCAUUGGAUCGCUGGUUGCUUCUGCGGCUGCGCUUACACCGGAGCAAUUAAUUGCUGCGCCCAGGCGCGGUGAAGCGAUUCCAAAUCCCUCGGGAAAAUUUGCAUUGUUUUCUGCAUCGGUCUAUUCCUUUGACACCCACAAGUCUUCAACGACAUGGAGUCUAUUGGAUCUAGAUAGUGGCAAGGUCUCUCAACUUACCGAUGACAGCAAUGUCUCCGAGCUGAUCUGGCUUGGCUCGGAUGAUUCCAGUCUGCUAUACAUCAACAGCAGCAAUGCCGAGAUCCCCGGCGGAGUUGAACUAUGGAUUUCAGACAUGGCUGAUUUUUCCAAGUCGCAGUACAAAGCGGCUUCCCUGCCAGCUUCAUUCUCUGGUCUUAAAACCGCUCUCACCAAGUCCGGUAACAUUCACUACCUGCUGUAUGCACCAUCAUAUGGCAAUGGUACCGCAUAUAAUGAGGAGUUAGUUGCGACUCCACUCAGCUCCGCUCGCAUCUAUGACAGCAUCUAUGUCCGGCAUUGGGAUACCUGGCUCACAACUACGUUCAAUGCGGUCUUCUCGGGAGUUCUGAAAAAGAAAAGUGGAGGAAAGUACUCAUCUGAUGGUUCCCUCAAGAAUCUUGUUGCCGGAGUGAAGAACCUCGAGUCCCCGUACCCUCCAUUUGGCGACUCCUCGGAUUACGAUAUCUCUCCAGAUGGAAAAUGGGUCGCAUUCAAGAGCAAAGCGCCCGAGCUGCCCAGAGCAAACCACACCGCAUCCUACAUCUACCUUGUCCCCAGCGACGGAUCGGAAGAAGCCAAGGCAAUCAAUGGCCCAGAUAGUCCAGGCACGCCUGAAGGCGUCAAGGGAGACUCGAGCAGCCCUAGGUUUUCUCCCAACAGUAAACAAAUUGCAUACUUCCAGAUGGAGGAUAUUGCUUACGAAUCCGAUCGUCGCACUCUCUACGUUUAUUCAAUUGGCUCUGAUGAGACAAUUCCCGCGCUUGCCAAAAAUUGGGACCGAUCUCCAGAUUCUGUCAAGUGGACAGCUGACGGAAAAGGUCUGCUCCUCAAUACAGAAGAUCAAGCACAUGAACGACUCUUCUUCGUGACUGCCGAUGCGGACGACGAUUACGAGCCCCACAAUUUCACCAAUAGCGGUUCUGUCAAGUCUUAUUAUAACCUCCCUGAGGGUGAGGUCCUCGUCACAGGCUCGGCCAUAUGGAAUAGCUGGACUGUAUACAAAGCAAGCCCAAAGAAGGGCGUCACUUCCUUGCUAUUUUCUGCGAAUAAAGUUGACCCUGGUCUUCAAGGCUUGAGUGCUUCUGAUGUUGGCGAAUUUUACUUCCAAGGAAACUGGACCAAGCUUCAUUCCUGGAUCGUCUAUCCUGCCAAUUUUGACAAGUCCAAGACCUAUCCACUCGUGUUCUACGUCCACGGUGGUCCUCAAGGCUCCUGGGCAGACUCCUGGAGUACCCGAUGGAACCCCAAGGUCUUCGCGGAUCAAGGCUAUGUGGUUGUUGCGCCUAAUCCCACUGGCAGUACUGGCUUUGGAGACAAGCUGACCGAUAUGAUUACCAACAACUGGGGAAGCUAUCCGUAUGAUGAUCUCGUGAAAUGCUGGGAAUAUGUUCGCGACAAUUUCGACUUCAUUGACACCGACAACGGGGUCGCUGCUGGUGCUAGUUAUGGUGGUUUUAUGAUGAACUGGAUCCAGGGCAAUCCAUUGGGUCGUAAAUUCAAGGCGUUGGUAACUCAUGACGGGACUUUUGUGGCUGAUGCCAAGAUUUCGACUGAAGAGCUGUGGUUCACUGAGCACGAUUUUAACGGCACCUUCUGGGCCAACCGAGACAACUAUCGCCGCUGGGACCCUUCUGCGCCAGAACACAUCCUCCAGUUUGACACGCCAAUGCUGAUCGUUCACAGCUCAAAGGAUUACCGUCUGCCGAUUUCCGAAGGACUGAGUCUAUUUAAUGUCUUGCAGGAACGCGGUGUGCCCAGCCGCCUACUCAAUUUCCCCGAUGAGAACCAUUGGGUGACCAACCAUGAGAACAGCCUUGUAUGGCAUCAGCAAGUGCUGGGGUGGUUGAAUAAAUACUCGGGCAUCGGAGCCUCAAAUCCCAACUCCGUGAGCCUGGAUGAUACUAACGUGCCUGUGGUGGAUUACAAUCCUUGA